UCUCAGAAAAUAUUUGUAGCCAAUGUAGCUUUUACUCGCGAAAUUUACAAGGAAAAUUUAAAGUUACACAGGAGCCGAGCAAGAUUAUAAAUUUAAGAUAAAUCUGUAAUCAUUCCAUUGUUUUGUUACGCAUUAACUUUAGUGUAAUGAGGUCACCAUUGUCCGGUUAUCACUAAAUAAACCUUAGUCUUUAUGGCAGUGUAUAGAUUCAGUUGUUGCAGUACUUAACGAUCUCUAAAGCCUGACACACGCCUGAAGAUGAAGUUCGCGGAGCAUUUAAGUGCCCAUAUAACGCCGGAAUGGCGGAAACAAUAUAUCAACUAUGAGGAAAUGAAAGCCAUGCUCUACACAGCAGUGGAGGAAGCCCCAUCAGCGGAAAAUGUGGAGCCCGAGGUGUUGUCGAGACAUUUUGCCAACUUCGAUGAGACCUUCUUCCUCUAUUGUGACCAGGAGCUUAAGAAAAUUACUACAUUUUAUUCAGAGAAACUAGCAGAAGCAACAAGAAAAUUCGCCACAUUACAGAGCGAACUAAAAAGCCAAUUCGACACAAUGAAACCAAAGGCGAGCGGGGACAGUAAGACCCCCAUCCCUCGACGGAAGGUCCAGGAGCUCAAACUGGCGUUCAGCGAGUUUUAUCUGAGUUUAAUUCUGCUGCAGAACUACCAGAAUUUGAAUUAUACAGGGUUUAGAAAGAUAUUGAAGAAGCAUGAUAAGUUAUUAAACGGCACAAACGGCGCCCAAUGGCGAGCAGAACACGUCGAAACAUCCCACUUCUACACAAACAAAGACAUAGACCGACUGAUCAGUGACACAGAAGCGACGGUCACCAACGAGCUGGAGGGUGGUGACCGUCAGAAAGCUAUGAAGAAGCUGAGAGUGCCGCCGCUUGGCGAACAGCAAAGUCCGUGGACGACUUUCAAAGUUGGACUGUUUUCGGGGUCCUUUAUAGUUCUUUUCAUCACUGUUGUACUCUCUGCACUAUUCCACGAAGGCGGCACAGACAACUUCAAAACCGCCUUCCGACUCUACAGAGGCCCAUUCCUCCUAGUCGAAUUCAUCUUCCUCAUAGGCAUCAAUGUCUACGGCUGGCGAUCCUCAGGCGUCAACCACGUGCUAAUAUUCGAACUAGACCCAAGAAACCAUCUAUCUGAACAACAUUUAAUGGAACUAGCAGCCAUUUUCGGCGUAGUUUGGGCGCUAAGCAUACUCAGUUUUAUAUACAGUGCGAGUUUGAGUAUACCGCCGUUUGUGAAUCCGUUGGCGUUGGUUAUAAUAAUGUUGGUGUUUCUGGUGAAUCCUCUAAAGAUGUUCCGGCAUGAGGCGAGGUUCUGGUUUUUGAGGAUAUGUGGCCGAAUUCUAGUCGCUCCGUUCAUGCCAGUGCUAUUCGCUGAUUUCUGGCUGGCUGACCAGUGGAACUCUUUCGCUGUGGCCUUCCUCGACUUCCACUAUUUGGUCGCGUUUUACGUGGCCGGUGGCGACUGGUUCAAGGUUAACGAUAUCGCCUCUUCUGCUACACCAUUAAACGCCUUCGAAUCAACAAGAUGGUUCAUCAUAACCCGAGCGCUAGUAAGCAUAGUGCCCGCGUGGACCCGAUUCGCACAAUGUCUCCGGCGUUACCGGGACAGUCGAGAAGCGUUCCCACAUUUACUGAACGCUGGGAAAUAUUCUACAACGUUCUUUGUAGCGUUGUUUACUACACUAAGAAUAAUAUAUGCAGACAGCUACCAAGACCAAUACGACAAUCCGUUUCUCUAUGCGUGGUUCGUCUGCCAGCUGAUAUCCUCACUUUACACGUAUACGUGGGACGUCAAGAUGGACUGGGGCCUCUUCAGCUGCCCGCCCACGGCCGAGAACCGAUUCUUGAGGGAGGAAAUCGUGUAUAACCCUGGCUUCUACUAUUUCGCGAUAGUGGAAGACUUUGUGCUCCGUUUCAUCUGGAUCGUGUCGUUCCUGUUGACCGACAACGGUUUCGUGACCGGUGAGACUAUGGUCUCUGUUCUAGCGCCGUUGGAGGUGUUCAGACGAUUCAUCUGGAACUUCUUCCGCUUAGAGAACGAGCACCUGAACAACUGCGGUAAAUUCAGAGCAGUUCGCGACAUCUCCGUGGCGCCACUGGACUCCUCUGACCAGGCCGAUAUAAUCAGGAUGAUGGACCACCCAGAUGGCGUUGUCAACAGAUUAACAAAGAAGAAGAACAUUAAGAAAGCUAAGGACCUGGACCGGCGGCCGCUCAUCAAGAAGGAGUCCAUCCAAGACCUGCAGCUAGAGCUUGAGCUGUCCACCAAGAUGCUGUAACCCACUGUGAUACGAGACAUAUAGUAUUAUCAUUAUAUUUAUAUCAAUCAUUUA